CCAGCCAAGGAACAUGCGCGCAAGGUGGCCCAGAAGCUCGGCGUCCAGGACGGGCUCAUCUAUCUGCCGGGCCAGCCGUCGCAGAACUAUGAGGAUUCGGACCAGCCGCCGCCGUUGAGACAGCGCAGAUACUUCUUCUACCUUACGGGCGCCAACUUCCACGACUGCUUCGUCACGUAUGAGAUCCGCACAGACGUCCUCAUCCUCUGGAUCCCCUACGUCGAGCCGCGCCAGGUGCUGUGGUUCGGAUCGACGCCCGACACCGCCCGGGCCAAGCAGCUCUACGACGUCGACGAGGUGCGGUACUCAAGCCAGCUGCCCAAGUUCCUCGAGUCGCGCCUCGCGUCCACCAACACGCUCUACGUGCUGCACGAGGACCAGGCGCCCCCGCGGCCCGCCAUGGACCGCGCCCGCUGCAUCAAGGACGAGUACGAGAUCGCCAUGAUUCGCCAGGCAAACGACGUGUCUAGCGCCGCGCACCGCAAGGUCGCCGAGAUGCUCCUCCGCCUCUCCAACGAGCGCGAGAUCGAGGCCGUGUUUCAGGCCGUGUGCUGUGCGCGCGGCGCCCGCUCUCAGGCGUACCCCGUCAUCGCGGGCUCGGGCGCCAACGCCUCGACGCUGCACUACGAGGACAACGACCAGCCCCUGGACGGCAAGGAGCUCGUCGUCGUCGACGCGGGCUGCGAGUGGCGCUGCUACGCCAGCGACAUCACCCGCACGCUGCCCAUCAAGGGCCGCUUCUCGACCAAGGCCGCGGCCGUGUACAACCUCGUCCAGACGAUGCAGGAGGAGUGCAUCCGCUCCAUCAAGCCCGGCGUCCAAUUCUACAAGCUGCACCUGCACGCCGCCGCCGUCGGCACCGUCGGCCUGCUCAAGUUGGGCAUCCUCAAGGGCGACGUCGCCGAGAUAUCCAAGGCCGGCACCAUCAGCGCCUUCUUCCCUCACGGGCUGGGCCACCACGUCGGCCUGGAGGUGCACGACAUGAGUGCGGCACUGGAGCUGGGCAACAAUCAGGCGGCGGGUUCGCGGGCCAAGUCGAUGAGGGAACGGCAGCUCCUCGAGCCUAACAUGAUUGUCACCGUCGAGCCGGGCAUUUAUUUCUGCCGCGAGUAUAUUGAGGGCUACUUCCUCAACAACCCGACACACGCAAAGUUCAUCGACAAGGAUGUACUCGAGGGCUAUUACAGCGUCGGAGGCGUCCGCAUCGAGGACGACAUUCUCGUGACCGAGGACGGGUACGAGAACCUGACGCCUGCUCCCAAGGGCGAGGAGAUGAUUCGCAUUAUCAACGCCCACAAGGGCAGCAAGUGA